GGCACCCAGCGCGCCCCUGCGAAGCCGAGCUGCGGGCUCGGGUGCUGGGGACCUGCUCCGAAGGCGCCUGGUUUGGGGGGUCCCUAAAUACGCGCGUGCUGCUCUGGUGUGGCUUUGUUAAAGAAGCUGCUGCCUGACAAGGAGCCAAAUCGCGGCGUGCGGGGGAGGCAGGAGGACAGCUGCAAGCAAACCCCUGCUGCAGGAGCCGGUUUCAGGUUAUGUGUUUUACAGCUGCGCCAGAGGAAAUCAGAGCUGUAUGUGAAACGUCUCUGAAGCCUGGGUAGUUGGCAGCUAUUUCAAAAUGUUAACUCUAGUCCUCAGUGCUCUGACCCGUUUUUCCCCUGUUUGCUAGCUCCCAGCGCUGAAAUUGUAGUUUAAAUACUUUAAACCUCGUGUCUUUUAAACUUUAUCAAGGUAUACUUUAAAAUUAUCAUUGCUCUUGACGGAGUACUAGUACUCGGUCAAUUAAUUGAGAAAACACUUGCUGGAGCUGUGGUAGUGACAAAUCUGACAGUCCCUUGUGAUUUUUCUUACCACGUUCCUAAUGCAUAGCGCUGAUUGUUUCCUUCUGUAGAAAUCCACUAUUAAGUACUUCUGAGCUUCAUUUAAUUCCUUUUUUUAAUUACAUGAUAUUGUGGGUUUGUUUUUGUCUCUGUGUGCAAAGUAAAAAAAAAUGCCUGUUAGGGAUUAGCUUUGAGAUACGUUUCAUAGUCUCUGGAAAUAAAUUUUGAAUCAUAAAUGCAUUUGAGCUUCUGUUCAAAGAGAAACUGUUCUCAGCUAGGCUCUUAUUAAAUAAACACUUUGAAUGACUGAUUUAUUUUUUUUAUUCCUGUACCCAAUUCCUUUUGGCUUCGCGAUGCUUUAUUCUAAGCUGCAAUCCAGCAGCAGAUCAAGGAGGCUUAGGAAGAAACAUCAGAUGGUUUCGGUUAGUGUCCCUACCACUUGGAAAAUAAACAUGCUAGUACCAUAUGCUGCCCUGACUUCAGUUAAACAAACUCCCUCAAAAUGGAAGCAAGGUGCUUAUUUCAAUCGAUGUUAGUUUUACAAGUAAUUUGGGGCUGGAAGAGGAGGGGAGUUCCCCUGCCGAGUCUCUCACACUGAACUGCGCACUAGACGGUGGAAAGAAAAGCUUAAGCAUGCAGUUGUUUGAUAUAAAAUCAGCAAUAGAGAAUGCUGGGAAGUGGUGUGCAUGAAAAGGAGAACCCCUAUGUGUCUGGACGAAGGGAGGAGCCCAGUAGUUGCAGAAAGGCAGAGCGGGGCUUUUGGAUCAGGUUGGCUGGAGUGGUGUGGUGCUGUCAGAUAUUAUUCAGCGCAGUGGGGAAAAAUGAGUACUUCUGCAUUGAUUGCUGCCAAUCCUCAUUUCUGGGUUCAUACAUAGGAAUAAGAAAGCUGAUGCAGCAGAGGUUUUUGGCACAACAGAAGCAAAUGGAAGUUCAAGCAAAGCUAACGGAGCUUUCCUGAGCUGAUGUCGUCCUGUGGAGCUGGUGAUCUGCAGUGAUAAGAGAUACAGCAAAUGAUACAAGGGAUGCAUAAGGAGGCUUGAACUCUGCCGGCAGAGAGGUGAUGGAAGGGUGGUCAUGUCAGCUGCAGAAAAGGCAGAAAUGACACUUGACUGAAGAGCGUGAGUCACCCUGGAAGGAGCUGCUUCCCUCUGAGCUUUACGUGAGCAACCCCGUCCUAUGAGGAGGAGGGUCUGUCAGCCUGCUUAGCUGUACAAUGGGGACUACAGGUGACGACAUGGCUUCGGUGGAGCAGAACGCCUCCUUGAACCCUCUGUGCUUCGAGUGUGGCCAGCAGCACUGGACAAGGGAGAACCACCUCUACAACUACCAGAACGAAGUGGACGAUGACUUGGUCUGCCACAUUUGCCUUCAGCCCUUGUUGCAGCCAUUGGACACUCCCUGCGGACACACUUUCUGCUACAAGUGCCUAAGGAACUUUCUGCAGGAGAAGGAUUUCUGCCCACUGGAUCGAAAAAGACUCCACUUUAAACUCUGCAAAAAAUCCAGCAUUCUUGUUCAUAAACUGUUAGACAAGCUAUUUGUUUUGUGCCCCUUCUCUUCUGUAUGUCAGGAAGUCAUGCAGCGAUGUGACCUGGCGGCACAUCUCAAAAACAGGUGUCCUGGGGCUUCUCAUCGGAGGGUUGCUCUGGAGAGAAGGAAAACGAGCAAACUGCAAGCAGAAGCAGAGGGUGAGAGUGGUCCUGCUGGGACGGAGCAGCCUAGCAGUUUAUCUCCGGAUGCAGAUCAGGGAAUAGUGCCAGGCGAGCAGAGCUUCACCUCGCCCACCCUUCCCGCCUGGACAGACGAGCCCAGCAUCGACAAUCCGCCUUUUGAGGAGAACACGGUAGCAGACACAAAUCAACAGCCACCUACCUUGCCUGAAGGAGAGAUCACUACUAUUGAAAUUCAUCGGUCCAAUCCUUAUAUCGAAUUAGGAAUUAGCAUAGUGGGUGGCAAUGAAACGCCUUUGAUCAACAUUGUCAUUCAGGAGGUUUAUCGAGAUGGGAUCAUUGCCAGAGAUGGAAGACUUCUUGCUGGAGACCAAAUACUUCAAGUCAAUAGCUUUGACAUAAGCAACGUGUCUCACAACCACGCUCGAGCUGUGCUUUCCCAGCCUUGCUCGGUGCUGCACCUCACCGUGCUGAGAGAGAGGCGGUUCGGCAGCCGCACGCACAACCACGCGGACACCACCAGCUCCUUGCGGGAAGACAGCUUUCAAGUGACGCUGCAUAAACGCGACUCCAGCGAGCAGCUUGGCAUCAAACUUGUACGCAGAACAGAUGAGCCGGGAGUUUUCAUCCUUGACCUUUUGGAAGGGGGGUUGGCUGCUCAAGACGGCAGGCUCUGCAGCAACGACCGCGUACUUGCCAUCAAUGGACAUGACUUGAAGCACGGGACACCUGAGCUUGCUGCUCAGGUUAUACAGGCGAGUGGGGAGAGAGUGAAUUUGAUCAUCUCUAGACCCCUGAAGUCACAGACGGUCAGUAUUAUCCGAGACACAGGGACUCACAACAGCAACUCACACCAACACCAGUCCCAGCAGCUGUUUCACAGCAGACCCAACUCACAUAAGGACCUCUCCCAGUGUGUUACAUGCCAAGAAAAGCACAUUACUGUGAAAAAAGAGCCACAUGAAUCUCUGGGAAUGACAGUGGCAGGAGGCAGAGGCAGCAAAAGUGGCGAACUGCCCAUCUUCGUGACAAGCGUGCAGCCUCACGGGUGUUUGGCAAGAGACGGCAGGAUUAAACGAGGAGACGUGCUGCUGAAUAUCAACGGCAUCGAUUUGACUAACCUCAGUCACAGCGAGGCGGUGGCCAUGCUGAAAGCGAGCGCCGCCUCUUCGGUAGUCUCCCUGAAAGCCCUGGAAGUCCAGAUUGUAGAAGAACAGCCCCAGGCUAACGAAGAACAGUUGAGUACCAUCAGUGAAAAUGAAUACGAUGCCAGUUGGUCACCAUCCUGGGUCAUGUGGCUGGGACUUCCAAGCUGCCUGCAUAGCUGCCAUGAUGUGGUACUGCGGCGGAGCAAUUUGGGGAGCUGGGGCUUCAGCAUUGUCGGUGGCUACGAGGAGAACCACACGAACCAGCCUUUCUUCAUUAAAACGAUUGUUCUUGGAACUCCUGCGUACUUUGAUGGAAGAUUAAAGUGUGGUGAUAUGAUUGUUGCUGUAAACGGACUAUCCACGGUUGGAAUGAGCCAUUCUGCACUCGUUCCCAUGCUGAAGGAGCAGAGGAACAAAGUGACUUUAACAGUGAUUUGCUGGCCUGGAAGCCUCAUCUAGAUUUGUGGAUCGCUUCUAGAUAGCUGGCACAAAAAUCUCCUCUAUCUUUUUUUUCCUGUAGAUACAGCUGGUUAUAAGCAGGGCCAAAACUGCUGUAUUUUCUUUUUUUUUCUUUUUUGUGGGCCUCUCAGACUCCCUGUAUGUAUCUUCCCAUCCUGAAAUAGCCAUUUCUGUUUGCUAUAUCCAUUGCUGCCGCAAAUGCAAAUGUACACGAGCUCACAGAGGGAACUCCCACUCCGAUAUGGCUGUCACUGAGCUUUUCCCAUCAGGCUUGUAGAGUCAGCAGAAGAACGUAUUGGUUCUUUGGGUUUCUCUGCAUAGUCCUCAAGUUAUAUGUGGUAUAUAAACGUUAAUAGCCAUGUGCCCGUUCUCCCCUGUGAAGAGAAUGCGUGUCGGUACCGCAAUGGCACAUCUGUCUGCUGCUAUGUAUCAAAAUCCGUUCCCAAAGGUAUGUCUCUUCAUUUCGUAAGCCUUUCCAUUUUUGAUUCAGUAUUUCAGACGGAUUCAAGUAAUCCAUCUUAAUCAUCAGAAAUUCAAGACUUGGUCCCCCAAAUUUUUCUUGCAGGGCAUCAGUGUUCAUAGAAAAGUAGGACAAAAGCCUGGUAUUACUGGAAUUUUUAUAAAGUGCAAUAAUUGGACUCUUUGUUAGGAAACUUUAAUAUAUUACAGAGUUUGUAUCCUAUAAUGACAAGAAAUAUGGAAGUAAUUACUGUUGCAACGCUGGCAAGAAUACACGUGCCCGAGGUCGCCUUUGAGUGAAUGGCUUGCAGUAUUAGACUUUACUUUACAAAUGAAUGUUUUUAAUAUGUCAGAGAAUUUUGAUGAACAUUUUUAUGAAGAUCAUUUUUACCGUUUCUAUUGUAGUUGUCAGCACUCUCUGUUCAUGUGUGGAAACAACACUUUGAUUUGUACUUUCUAACUGGGAAAAUUAUUUCCGGGAAAAAACCAAACUAUUAAGAAACCAUAUGUUAUGGUUUACAGGUGGGCAGGCUAGAAGGAAGGCUCUUUGAAUUCAAGUCCAACUGCAAAGUAAGCUGCAAAGUUCACUCUUAUUCUGUCACCUCCUGACAAAUGUGCAAAUGCCUUGAUAUCAAAUGCUGAAACGAUCUCUCUUGCAUUUCAGGAUAUUAUUAUUAUUUUUUUCCCUUUAGAGAGCACCUGCUAUUAAGUUGUCAGUAAGAGGAAUACUAUUUAUCUUGGAUUGUAUUUAGUAUUUUUACAAACGAACCUGUAACUUCUAGACUUUGCCUUUCCAUGAUAUUUGCAGGCUAAGCACCCAUUUGUUUAAGGAAAGAGGGGUGGAGCGCAGAAAGAAAUGUGCUGACCUGGAGCUAACCCUGUGAGUUGUCAGUGUUCUGCGUAUUUGAAAAUGAGCUUCAUUUAUAAACCAGGUUCCCAGCCUGAACUGACUUAUGAAUGACCUCUGUAUUGUAUUAUUAAUUAGCAGAGAAUGUAUUGAGAAUCACAGCAUAUUUCAAUUGUGAAGCAUGAACUUUAUUUUGAAACUUAGCCGGUAUAAUAUCAGGACAUAUUAUCGCAUGUCAUUAAUUCCAGUAGCUUUGUUUUCAAAAGAAAUAAAGUUACUCUUUUGCAAAAAAAAAUGUAAAAAAUCUCAUAUGAAUGAAGUGGUUUUAUUCCUCUCUGUAAUGUAUGCUAUCAAUUUAAUUUCAUGAUAUUAAAAUACAAAAGAAUGUCCACUGCAGUAUAUUACUGUACUGAGAAUCUUUGUUUCUGAAGCAAACACCAAACUUACUUGAUACUCAAACUGAUUUGAGAACAAGUUUCCUCCCAUCCCCAGAUGCUGUUUAACUGUGUGCUUUGCUCUUAAUGCAGAUUUUUUUUGUAAAGUCCAUCUUAGUGUAGACUUUAGGGAAUAUUUUGACAUAAGUACUAGAUUUAGUGGUUUUUAUUUUAAAAAUUACACUUUUCAUUCAAAACCCUGCAAAAAUCAGAUUUUUAGAUUUUUCUUUAUCUAUGUAUAUGUAAUGAAAGCAUGGGUUGGCUUAAACUGUGCGGUUUUGUUUCUGUGUGCUAUAGCUUUUGAUCAGAAUCUCUAGCGAUAAAACCUUUCUGAAUUACUUCCCCUCCUGAAUCAUUUUUCCCCUUUCUC